GUGCGGGCCGGCUCGCGCAGGGCCCGGCGGGGCGAUGUAGGGGACAUGCCCUGACGGGACGGCGAGCCGCGCCAGCCGAGCCGCCCGCCGCUACCGGCCGCCACCGCCGCUAUGGCCGGGCCCGGCCUCUGGACGAGCAUCAAGUCGCUGCUGCGGAGGAGCGAGGACCCCCUGUUCCUGAACGACUCCAGUGCCUUUGACUUCUCGGACGAGGCGGGGGACGAGGACUACCCCCGGUUUAACAAGCUGCGAGUGGUGGUGUCGGAGGACCCCUCGGAGGCGGCCGCGGAGAGGCCGGUGAACGGGGCGCCCCCGGGCCUGCCCUCCGACGACGAGUCCCUGCUGGAGCGGGACGCGGCCCCCCGCGGCGGCCGGGGCGACCCCUGCAGCGGCUGCAGCCGCCGUCGGGAGCGGUGCAAGCAGAGGACGGUGAAGAAGCGGCUGACGCUGGCCGCCCUCCUCUACCUCCUCUUCAUGACGGGGGAGCUCAUCGGUGGAUAUGUUGCUAACAGUCUAGCAAUUAUGACAGAUGCACUUCAUAUGUUAACUGACCUUAGCGGUAUUAUUUUGACCCUGCUUGCUCUCUGGCUGUCUGCAAAAUCUCCCACAAAGAGGUUCACUUUUGGAUUUCAUCGCCUAGAAGUAUUGUCAGCCAUCAUUAGUGUGUUGCUGGUCUAUAUCCUUAUGGCAUUCCUCUUGUAUGAAGCUGUUCAAAGAACUAUCCAUAUGGACUAUGAAAUAAAUGGCGAUAUCAUGCUGAUUACAGCAGCCGUUGGUGUUGCGGUUAAUUUAAUAAUGGGUUUUUUGCUGAAUCAUCUUGGCCACCUUCACUCCCACUCCCACUCCCACCCUCACUCUCACGUACCUCAGUCGAGCUCUCCUAACGCAGCCCACAGCGGUGGCCACGGCCACAGCAGCCUUGCCGUGAGAGCAGCCUUUGUACAUGCCCUGGGGGACCUGGUACAAAGCAUUGGUGUGCUCGUAGCUGCAUACAUCAUACGCUUUAAGCCAGAAUACAAGAUUGCUGAUCCUAUAUGUACAUAUGUAUUCUCCAUACUGGUGGUUUUGACAACAGUUCGAAUUCUGUGCGACACAGGAGUUAUUAUUCUGGAAGGAGUUCCAAGGCAUUUAAACGUGGAUCGCAUUAAGGAAGACUUGAUGAAAAUUGAAGAUGUUUAUUCUAUAGAAGAUUUAAAUGUUUGGUCUCUCACUGCCGGAAAAACAACUGCCAUAGUCCACUUACAACUAGUUCCUGGUAGUUCAUCUAAAUGGGAGGAAGUUCAGUCCAAGGCCCGGCAACUGCUGCUGAACACAUUUGGAAUGUACAAGUGCUCUGUCCAGCUUCAGAGUUACAGGCAGGAAAUAAUCAAAACCUGCCCAAGUUGUCAGAGUUCCAGUGCCUAAUUUCAUAUGUUUUGGGAACUGCUGCCUUAUUCUUUAUCUUGUAGUCAAAGACUGAGAGCAAUAAAUGCAAAAUGAAAAUGGUCAAGUAGAAACCAUUAAUAAGUGGAUUUGUACCAUGUAACAUGCAGCAGGGAGAACUGGUGCUGCAAAAAGUGCAGUGGUUGCCCUACAGAACAUGUAUUUCACUCUCUCCCUCGUACUGGUUUAUUCAAUUUAUUAUAAUUUUUAGACAAAUCUGUUUUCAGAUUAUUGUUUACAAACUGCAAUGUGACUUUGCAGAUACCUCACAAAUUACAGUCCAAUAUUGUCCUUUAAUAACUAUGUACCACAAAAUACCUGCACUCCAAAUGGAGGACCAUCAAGUAUUCAGUAUUUCAAUUAAAGUCUCUAAUGCUGAUUAUGCCAGGGUUCCAUAUUAUGUCACAAUCCCUGAAUUCACUAUACAGUAUUUUUGCAAUAGUAAUUUUCGUACAGGAUCUUAAACUAUAAUGCGUACACUGCUAGUUGAAUUCUUCUGGAAACUGUCUCUUUGGAGACACUGCAAAAUACAGAAUUUACUGUACUCAGACCAGAAAGUUAGCUUUAAUCUGGGCAUUUAGCGAUCCAGACAGGAAGAUCCUUGCCCGGACUUCUGGUAUUUAACUACAGACCCAACACUGGACCCAAAGUGUUUUAAGUGAGUUAUCUUUAGUGUAUUUUAGAAUAGGGUUUAUACAUUAGAAACAGGUUAUUUAUUUUACAAAGUUUUGACUUGUAAGAUAAAUUUAUUAUUAAUAAUCUUGAAUGUCUAAACCAACAUUUGAUUCACAUUAAAAGGCCAGUUGACUAGCAUGCAUUCUAAUUAUAAUUAAUAAAUGUCCUGUAAUUGAUCAUUUUUCCAUGAUUGUUUAGUUUUAAAGGGAAAAUGAAAUGAUAGAAACUGUGCUUGAGAUGGAGAUACUCUUCAAACACUAUCUACACACAUGCAAAAUACAUGCAUCUUCUUACAGGAAAGCAGGGAGCAGAAGUUUGAGAUACAAACUAUUUCCUCAGUCAGAGAUCUCUGACCUUUUCAUCGUUGCUUUGAGCACAGCGUGGCAGUAUCCUGACAGGAAUGCCACUACAAUAGCAGUCCCUCACAACUUAGCUUUCUGAAUAAAGCAAAAUCCAAGCAAGCUCAGUAACAUAAUGGUAUUGGACAACAAUAUCAUAAUAUUGCAUUGGACAACAACAUCGUAGCAACCUACAGAGGUAGAAAGCCCUUUUCUUCUUUACAGAGGGAUCAGGCAAUUUGAAAAAAAACUAUUAUUUAUUCAGCUUCAAAGUCCACAAAACAGAAUUGCUUAGCCUCCUCAUGGAACCACUGUACUUCUACACAGGAUAAUAAAAGCUGACACUAAGCUAUCAUACACCUCCAAGCUCAGAGUUACACCUGCUUCCGAGGUCAUUUGCAUUGAAGAAGCUAAGGGCAACAAGAGUUACGACCUGGAAAAUUCAGAAGGCAGCAAGAACUUGGCUUCAAAUAUAUUUUCUUAUUCUGUACUUUGAUCUUUGUGCAGAACUUCAAUGACAUCAAAAGUAGUUCUGUAUGUGGAUCAGAAAGGAAAAUUUUUGCCCAAUAAUGGAUAUUGUGAUACUCAGCUGUGAAUACUUAAGCUAUUGUCUAUUUUGAAACUUUCUAGGGUUUCACACGUUCAUCAGGCUGAUUUAUACCUGCAAUUGGUGGUAACAAUCUUGGCUUCUUUUCUGCCCUUUUUUUUGGGAUAGGGGUCACAUGAUGAGUUUUUAGAGGUGAUCACUGACAGCACAGUAUUAAUCUGGACAAAGCACACAUAACACUGGAUUAUGUUUGUAUCUGCUCUGGCAAGAAGUGGGAAUGCUUGAGUACAGCGUGGGAGCACAUCCAGCUCAGAGGCCAAGUAGCACUGUAUUUGGGAAGUUAAUGCUUCAGUAUAAACUAUCAUUAAUUAAGCCAUAUCACAGCUCAUGAAAAAUGUGCAUCCCAUCCUUACAAACGUACUGGAAAAAAAAUACCACAAAAACCCAACAGGUAUUUUGCACAUAGUAAUACUCAAAUAGGUUUUAAUUAAAUUGGGGUUUACAGUUGCUGUAAUUAGAAGUUGAAGUACAGUAGAUGUAUUGUAUUUGGAGUUUUUUAUUGUAAUAAUUUACUACACAUUUGUUUAAUGGAAGAAAAAAAGCAGAAAUGUGUUGCUUUAUUGUGGGUUUUAUUAAAUCAUUUAUUAAACUUCACAUUGUUGUCUUAUAAAAUAA